CUCUCUCUCUCUCUCUCUCUCUCUCUAGAAUGGCCUAGAGGGUUUCCUCCUCCAUCCUUAUCUCCUUGAUGAGUUCUCACUCUCACCAAACCCAAUGAAACCCACUUCCACCGCUUCUCUCUGAGGAGCGUUUUCUCUCUUUCUCUUCCAUUUUUCUCUUUUAUUAUUCUACAAUGAUAGUUCUGUGGGUUCUCUCUGACCUCUGCUUCUGAAUCUUCUUCUUCUUCUUUGUUCAUCAAGAGGUUUAUAAACAUUCAGAUCUGAAGCUUGGGUUUUUCCGCCAGUUACCAAGGUGUCCGGGAAUCUUUGAAUUAGUUCAAAAUCAGUUGAAACUGUUACUUCAAUUUUGUCCCUCUGGGCCUCUCUAGUUUUGAACCCAAAAGAUGCAGAGGCCUCCACCUGAAGACUUUGCUUUGAAGGAGACCAAACCCCAUCUUGGUGGGGGGAGGAUCUCCGGCGACAAGCACACGAGCACCUAUGACCUCGUUGAGCAGAUGCAGUAUCUCUAUGUCCGAGUUGUGAAGGCCAAGGACUUACCUUCCAAGGAUGUUACCGGUAGCUGUGACCCUUAUGUUGAAGUUAAGCUGGGGAACUACAAGGGUGCAACUCGGCAUUUUGAGAAGAAGUCCAAUCCGGAGUGGAAUCAGGUGUUUGCAUUCUCGAAGGACCGGAUCCAGGCUUCAGCUCUUGAGGUGAUUGUGAAGGAUAAGGAUCUUAUGAAGGAUGACCUCAUUGGAUAUGUUAUAUUUGACCUGAACGAGGUUCCGAAAAGGGUUCCUCCUGAUAGUCCCCUGGCGCCACAAUGGUAUAGAUUGGAGGAUAGGAAGGGGGACAAGGCUAGGGGUGAGUUGAUGUUGGCUGUUUGGAUGGGUACUCAAGCUGAUGAAGCAUUUCCUGAAGCAUGGCAUUCGGAUGCUGCCACAGUUAGUGGAGCUGAUAGUCUGUCAAAUAUUCGGUCGAAGGUGUAUCUCUCUCCCAAACUAUGGUAUUUGAGGGUUAAUGUGAUUGAGGCUCAGGACUUGAUGCCAAGUGAUAAAGGCAGGUAUCCCGAAGUUUAUGUGAAGGCUAUCCUGGGAAAUCAGGCUUUGAGAACUCGAAUUUCACAAAGCAGGAGUAUAAAUCCCAUGUGGAAUGAAGAUCUAAUGUUUGUAGCAUCAGAGCCGUUUGAGGAGCCGUUGAUUUUAAGUGUGGAAGAUAGAAUCGCGCCAAACAAGGAUGAAGUUCUGGGGAGGUGUGCCAUUCCUUUGCAGUAUGUGCCCCGAAGGUAUGAUCAUAAACCUGUGAACACUAGCUGGCACAAUCUUGAGAAGCAUAUUAUUGUAGAAGGUGAAAAGAAGAAGGAUGUUAAGUUUGCCAGUAGGAUUCAUAUGAGGAUCUGUCUAGAAGGUGGUUACCAUGUGCUUGAUGAGUCAACACACUAUAGCAGUGAUCUUAGACCAACAGCCAAACCAUUGUGGAAGUCCAGCAUAGGGGUUCUGGAAGUGGGAAUCCUGAAUGCUCAGGGGUUGAUGCCAAUGAAGACAAAAGAUGGGAGGGGAACAACAGAUGCCUACUGUGUUGCAAAAUAUGGGCAGAAGUGGGUUCGUACAAGAACCAUUAUCGAUAGCCUUGCUCCCAGGUGGAAUGAGCAAUACACUUGGGAGGUUUUUGAUCCUUGCACCGUCAUCACAAUUGGGGUAUUUGAUAACUGUCAUUUGCAUGGAGGAGACAAGGCUGCCGGGGCAAAGGAUUCACGAAUUGGGAAGGUCAGGAUUCGUCUCUCUACCCUUGAAACUGAUCGGGUGUACACGCACUCUUAUCCUCUUCUGGUUCUGCACCCAAAUGGUGUGAAGAAGAUGGGUGAAAUACAUAUGGCUGUGAGGUUCACCUGCUCUUCGUUGCUGAACAUGAUGCAUAUGUACUCCCAACCACUGUUACCCAAAAUGCAUUAUCUUCAUCCACUAACUGUAAGCCAGCUUGAUAGCUUGAGGCACCAGGCCACUCAGAUUGUAUCAGUGAGGCUGAGCCGUGCUGAACCGCCCUUGAGAAAGGAGGUGGUCGAGUACAUGCUGGAUGUGGGCUCGCACAUGUGGAGUAUGAGAAGAAGCAAAGCUAAUUUCUUUCGAAUUAUGAAUGUUCUGGGUGGAUUAAUUGCUGUUGGAAAAUGGUUUGAUCAGAUCUGUAACUGGAAGAACCCCAUCACUACUGUGCUUAUCCAUAUCUUGUUCAUAAUUCUGGUUAUGUACCCAGAGCUGAUACUGCCUACUAUUUUUCUGUACCUGUUUCUGAUUGGAGUCUGGUACUACAGAUGGAGGCCCAGGCAUCCUCCUCACAUGGACACUCGUCUCUCACAUGCAGAUUCUGCACAUCCUGAUGAACUUGAUGAAGAAUUUGAUACUUUCCCGACUUCACGUCCUUCUGACAUAGUGAGAAUGAGAUAUGACAGAUUGAGGAGUAUUGCUGGGAGAAUUCAGACAGUGGUUGGUGACUUGGCUACUCAAGGGGAGAGGCUGCAAUCAUUGUUGAGCUGGCGUGACCCGAGAGCUACAGCUCUGUUUGUGCUUUUCUGUCUGAUUGCUGCUAUUGUUCUGUAUGUUACGCCAUUCCAGAUUGUGGCUCUUCUUGCUGGAUUCUAUGUGUUGAGGCACCCAAGAUUCCGCCAUAAGCUUCCAUCAGUGCCACUGAACUUUUUCAGGAGGUUGCCAGCUAGGACCGACUGCAUGCUAUGAGGAAAUGACUGUUGUAUUUUCAAUUGCCUUUGAGUUGUAAUGUGUUAAGUUAAUGGAGAUCGAUGAUGGAGGCCAGCAUAGAGCAAGCUAUUUGUUUUGGAGGUCUUGCAGCCAUGAACAUGAAGGUGGUGAGGGUCUUCUUUUCUUUCAGUGUUCUGCAGCAGCGUUCUGGUACGAUGUAUUUAUGGCCUUGUCCUGAAGGUAGUUUUUAAAAAAUUUCAGUUGUUAAUUAUGUCCAAUCUAGGAUUUCUGUCAAAAGAACCUUCACUUUUAAGGUUACUAGUUGUUGUCAUUUAUAGUUUCGUAGGCUGUGAUUGGAAUGCUGAACCAUUAUAUGGCGUCUUUAGUGUAUUUAGAUUUUUCUAAAUUCACCUUAUGUAAAGUUCAUCGGUUGAACUGCAUCUUAUUUCCUUGCCCAUCAUCAA